AUGGCCUCAUCAAGCUCUUACAACUCUCCUUGUGCUGCCUGCAAGUUCUUGAGAAGAAAAUGCUUGUCUGGAUGCAUUUUUGCGCCCUAUUUCCCACCAGAAAAUCCACAGAAAUUCAUAAACGUUCACAAAGUCUUCGGUGCCAGCAACGUCACAAAGCUUCUGAACGAUGUUUUACCGCACCAGAGAGAAGAUGCAGUAAACUCUCUUGCAUACGAAGCUGAAGCCCGGGUUCGAGAUCCUGUUUAUGGCUGUGUGGGAGUCAUUUCUUUCCUCCAAAUACAAGUCGAUCGCCUGCAGAAGGACCUCGACGCUGCAAAAGCCGAUUUGAUCCACUGUUCACGUAAUACGACGAUACCUGCUGCAAUGUCGCCUCAUUUGAGUUCGAUUCAGCCUGCGAUUUCACGGCAAAGAGCCAUGGAUCAUAAUUUCCAUGGCAGAAGGUUUAGUAGUGAUGGAGGUGGUGGAUUUCAUCAGCCACCACCACCUUCUUAUCUUUAUCAUAAUGUUAAUCGUCCAUGGAAUUGUCAUUACCCUUAUAAUUCUCGUGGCGGUGGCGGCGCUGGCGGUGGAGGUGGUAAUAUGUAA